AAUGGUCAGUUAUCAGGUUGAAUCAUGACCGUUCACAUCCCUUCACUUCUUUCCCUUUUUCUCUCCCUCCUCCUCCUCCACGGGGUUGCCUCCUCCCCGGGUGAGAGAUGGAGACCCGGGGGAGGGAUGGAGGGCCAGGGGCAGGUGGAGGAAAGUGGAGGAGUGGAGGAAAUGGAGGAAAACUGGGGGCCUCUACCGGGAGAAGUGGAGAGAUUUAGAGAAACUGUUAUGGAUUUGAUGGACUACCUCGACCAUGGCGCACAGCAGGAGGAGGUUGUUGAGGAACCUCAGCAACAGAGACACAGACCCGGACUACUAAGAAGCAGAUACCAAGAAGAAGAAGAAGAAGAAGAAGAAGAGGAAGAGGAAGAGGAGGAGGGAGGCAUGGUUGUGAUCAGGGUCGAGGAGGAGGGGGGGGAGGGGCUGACCCUUACCUCCCUCCUCUUCUCUGCUCCCUCUUCUUGGGGUCCUUGUACGAGGUCCUGUAUUACACGAAGGAGGAGGACAUGCAAAUACGAGACCUUAUGCGGCGAGGAAAUAAAGGUGGAAGAAGCGUAUUGUUACCCCGAUGGAUCGACGUGCAAAGGCAAGGUUCUUAGGCACUUAGAAGAGGAAGGAUACGUUAUUAUAGAAGAUACGGAGGAGACAAUGAGGGACGAGGAGGAGGAGGUGGCGGAGGAAGAGGAAGACAUUGAAGUCGCUUACGAUGACGAGGAGGAAGAGGAGGAGAAAGAGGAGGAAGAUUAUUACCAAAACCCAGAUGAGGGAAGAUUCGUCCUCCCUCGCCUGGAUGGAAGAAGAGAAGGAGGAGGAGGAGGAGGAGGAGUGGAAGAGGACGAAGAUGCGGAGAGAGGGGUCAUGGCCGUGGAAGAGGAGGGAGAAUGUGGAGUGAAAUUCAGACAAGGUGGAGGGAACUGGCUGCGGAUCAUCGGUGGAGCGGAAAGUGUGGAGGGGGAAUGGCCUUGGCAAGUGGCGGUACUUAACAGAUUCAAGGAACUGUUCUGCGGGGGGACUCUGAUAGCGCGACGGUGGGUAGUGACAGCCGCCCACUGUGUUCGAUGGAGACUCUACGUUCGCCUGGGGGAGCAUGACCUGAGGGAUACCGCGGGGGACGAGGUGGAGAUGAGGGUCGAGAAAUCGUUUAAACAUCCCCUCUACGAAGAUUCUGAUCACAUUGAACAUGACAUCGCUCUCCUUCGCUUGCCAAGAUCUGCCGCUUACAGCCCUGGUGUUCAAAGGGCUUGUCUACCUGCACUCAACGCCCCUCCUGUGACCCCGCGGACCAGGUGUAUUAUCAGCGGAUGGGGGAAGGAGAGAGAGACACAUAUAUUUGGCACUGACCUUCUGAUGUUCGCCGAGGUCCCCGUGGUUACAAGCUAUAUAUGUCGCCAGGCGUACCCAGACAACCCCAUCACUGACAACCACAUCUGCGCUGGGUACAGGAAGGGCCGCUACGACACAUGUGCUGGUGACUCCGGGGGCCCGCUCGUGUGCGACCGGGGUGACGGGCGCUGGGUGCUGGAGGGGGUGACCUCGUUCGGGGCGGGGUGCGGUGACGAGGGGAAGUUUGGGGUGUAUACCAGAGUGGGGAGUUAUCUUGAAUGGAUGAAGGACGUGAUGACCUCCCUGGAGUAAUGUGGAGGAGGGUGGAGGGAGAGGUGGAGAGGGGAGAUGAAGAGGGUAGAGAUGGGAUGUGAAGGGGGAGGAAAGAGGGGAGAUAAAGUGGAAGAGGGGGAAGGGGAGAUGGAGGGAGAGGUGGAGAGGGGGUAGAGAGGGGAGAUAAAGUGGAAGAGGGGGAAGGGGAGAUGGAGGGAGAGGUGGAGAGGGGGCAGAGAGGGGAGAUGAAGGGGAUGGAGAGGAGAUGAACAUAAGAACAUAAGAACUUGGGAGUCUGCAGGAGAUGAAGGAGGAGGAGGAGGAGGAGGAGGAAGAAGGAAAACAAGAGAGAGAAGAAGAGGAAGAAGAUGAAGAAGAGUAAGAGGAAGAAGCGGAAAUUGAGGAGCAAGACACACACACACACACACACACACACACACACACAUACACACAUAUACACACACAUAUAUAUAACAAUAAUAAUAAUAAUAAUAUCAAUAAUAAUAAUAAUAAUGAUAUAUAAUUAUAGUAAUACAAAAUAGUCUGUUAACACCAAUAUUCAAAUGUAUACUGUAAAUAAAAUCAUACAUAUAAUAUUUUUUUUUCUUUCACUGAGAGAGAGAGAGAGAGAGAGAGAGAGAGAGAGAGAGAGAGAGAGAGAGAGAGAGAGAGAGAGAGAGAGAGAGAGAGAGAGAGAGAGAGAGAGAGAGAGAGAGAGAGAGAGAGAGAGAGAGGGGGGACAUUUUUAAACACGUCAUUUUUGGGGUUUUCAUAAUUUAUUGAUGGAAAUUUUUUGAUUAUUUUUGUUGUUAUUGUUGUUGUUUUUUCUUUCUUAAAUUUCUCUUCAUUUUCUUCUUCCUUCUUCUUUUGCUUUGAGAGAGAGAGAGAGAGAGAGAGAGAGAGAGAGAGAGAGAGAGAGAGAGAGAGAGAGAGAGAGAGAGAGAGAGAGAGAGAGAGAGAGAGAGAGAGAGAGAGAGAAUCAAAA